AUCAUUCAACAAUUAUUAAGGGACAAACAUGUAGACAGUUUGAAUGAUUCUACUAGGAGAAGGCUUAAGAGUAAGAAGGUAUUGAUUGUUUUUGAUGAUGUAGAGGAUCGAAACCAUUUAAAAGAUUUAGCAGGAGAUUGUGAUUUGUAUGGUGAGGGAAGUAGAAUCAUCAUAACUAGUAGAGAUUCACUUGGUUUAUCAGAGGAAGACAGAUAUGAGGUUGAGAAGUUAAGUGAUUCUCAAGGUCUGGAACUCUUUAGCUUGCAUGCCUUCGAGCAAAAUCUUUCCAAGGAAGAAUAUAAGGAGCUAUCAAACAAGGCAAUAAACUAUCUGGAGGCAAUCCAUUAGCUCUUAAAGUUUUGGGAUCUCAUUUAUUUAAUAUGCACAUAGAAGAAUGGGAAAGUGAAUUGGAAAAAUUGAAAGUUGAACCUCUUGAGAAAAUUCAAGCUGUUUUGAAAACAAGUUAUGAUGGGCUAGGGGAUAAGGACAAGGACAUAUUUCUUGAUAUUGCAUGUUUCUUCAAAGGGCAAAAUGAAGAUAAGGUUGAGAGAAUAUUAGAAGCAUUUGGUUUCUUUCCAAAAAGUGGAAUACCUCGCUUACUUAAAAAAUCUCUCAUAACUGUUUCGUCACUCAAUGAGAUUCAUAUGCAUGACUUGCUAGAGCAAAUGGGCAAGGAUAUUGUUAUUAAGGAAUGCAAACAGCCUGGAGGACGCAGCAGGUUGUGGAAUUAUGAAGAUAUUAGUCAUGCAUUGACAACAGGGACGGGAACCGAAAAUGUUGAGGCCAUAUCAUUUCGUUGGGAUGGGAGAGAUAUUGGGAAGCCUUUGAAGCUAAGUGCCACGGCCUUUGCGAAGAUGUGCAAUCUUAGAUUCAUCGAAGUAUGUGCACUGUGGACCCCAGUGCUCGUUCCUAAGAACUUUGAAUUUUGUGCACAAGCACUAAGAUGUCUUUGCUGGGAUUAUUAUCCUCUUGAAUCUUUGCCGUUAAAUUUUUGGCCAAAGAAUCUUGUAGAACUUCACAUGACUUCUAGAAAACUCAUACAACUGUGGAAUGGAGGAGAUAAGCCUCUUGAAAAUUUGAAAUUAAUGGACCUUAGCUACUCUCGUAACCUGAUCCGGAUUCCAGACUUGUCAAGUACUGCCCCAAAUCUCGAGUUUUUAUAUUUAAAUUACUGUAAGAGUUUGGUUGAAAUUCCCUCUCUUCAAAAUCUAAGUAAUCUUGUAGAACUUCGUAUGCGUGGGAGCAAACUCAUACAACUGUGGAAUGGAGGAGAUAAGCCGCUUGGAAAUUUGAAAUUAAUGGACAUGAGCUGCUCUCAUCGCCUGAUCAGGAUUCCGAACUUGUCUAGUAUUGCCCCAAAUCUCGAGUUUUUAUAUUUGAAAGAAUGUUUGAGUUUGGUUGAAAUUCCCUCUCUUCAAAAUCUGAGCAAGCUUACUGAACUUCAUCUAAGUGAUUGCUGCAAAAUCAAAGAUUGUCCAGAGAUUCCGUGUAAUAUAAGGAUUCUAAAAUUAGACAGAACUGGAAUAGAACAACUGCCCUCAUCAAUUAAGCAUCUGUCUCAACUUGUCAUAUUGUCCUUGGAUCAGUGUACAGCACUCGCGAGUCUUCCAAGCAGCAUUGGCAAUUUGAAACGUCUUGAAGAACUUCAUCUAGCUAAAUGUUCAAGACUCGUGACUAUUCCAAGCAGCAUAGGCGAGUUGAAAUGUCUUGAAAAAUUAUUUAUCCGGAAUUGCUCAAAUUUAGCAAGUCUUCCUGAAAGCAUCAAACAACUUUCGAAGUUGAAAAAGCUUGAUUUAGAAGGUUGCAAGAGACUUAAAAGUUUACCAGGGCUUCCAUCAUGCUUAGAAUUAUUAAAUGCAAUUGAUUGCCACUCUCUGGAAUCUGCAUCAAUUUCUUUCAAUUUCUUAGAACAUGAUGAUGAAAAUGAAGAAGCAGAUAGAAGUGAACAUGAAAAUGAAGAAGCACAUAAAAGUGAAUCUGAAGAUUGCAAAGUUCUUGAUUUUAGUAAUUGCGUCAAAUUGAAUAAGAAAGUAAUGGAGGAUGUUUUUGAAGCGCACCUGUUGGGUCAGAAAGUUACAUUAUUGAUGGCAGGAGGUGAAGUGCCAGAAUGGAUGAGGUAUAAGAAUAAAGGAUCCUCGCUUUCCUUCAAACUUGACCUUCGACACUUAAUUGCCUUCUCUUUCUGCGUUGUUCUUCGUCCCAGAGGUUUAAUCGAUUUUCCCUUCGAAUUUGAAGUGGAUUUCAUAUGUGAAUCUGGAAAUAGGCGGGAACGUAAUGCGUUCAACUUUUCUAGCGAUAAGGACUUUGCGAAUUGGAUUGAUUCUUAUGGAGGUCCGUAUGGUUCGGACUCAUCACACGUGUUGCUUUCAUUCAAUGGAUUGAGGACACGUUUUGAUGAAGAGUCUUCCGUUACGGCCUCAUUUUGCUGCAAGGCUGACUAUUUCGUGGAUCGGCCGGAAAUUAUGGAGUGUGGGGUCCAUCCUAUAUAUAGUAGAGAUAAAAGGAGAAGCAGAAAUGAAAAGCACCAAGAUGACGAGGAAUGCCAAUCACUUCUUCAAAUAUUGGAGGAAGACAAAUCGUAG